UAGUUUUAUAUUAAUUAUUAAAUAAUUAACAAUGAGAUCAUCGAUAACACUACUAACAAUAGUGUUGGUAUGUUGUUAUACAUACCUGAUUUUGGCUACCAGUGCCGAGUAUGACAACGAUAACAAUCAUCAUCAUCGUAGUGGACGUAAAAUUGAAAACCGUAAAGACUAUAAACUAAGGGAUAAGGAUGUCAAACAAGCCAAAGCCCGCUGGAUUAGCCUACAAGAGGAAGACUGGGGCGACGAUAUGUGGCAGAAGCCCAUCGAUGAGCCGCCCAGACGGACACACCGGGAGUUGGGUGAGAUGUGUACCUAUUCGAGGGACUGCCAGUCGGGCUGUUGUCUAUUGGAACGGUCAUCCAAACUACGGUCAUGUCAACCAAAAUCAGUUAAGGGCGAAAAAUGUUCAAACGCCCAGGUCAAGGCAGAUAUCUAUGUAGAUGCCUGUCCAUGUUUUGCCGGCUAUAGUAUAUCUGUCAUUAUAUUAGAUGCCGGCGCGUCGUAUACCAGUGCCAGGUAUUAG